AUGUCCGAAAAACUUGUUCGGUGGAAUCAAAGUGCCGAUUGCUAUUCUUGGGAAGGUGUAAACUGCUCGGAGGGAAGUGUUAUUGGUCUCGAUCUGACGAACGAAGCCAUCUCCGGUGGAUGUGAUAACUUAAGUAGCCUCUUCAAUCUUCAGAAUCUCCAGUACCUGAGUUUGGCUCACAACAACUUCAACGGUUCUCAAAUUCCAUCGGAGUUUGAAAAGAUGAGGAAUUUGAGUUAUUUGAACCUAUCAAGUGCUGGCUUUGCAGGGCAGAUACCAAUUGAAAUUUCGCGCUUGACAAGGUUGGUUUCUAUUGAUUUAUCUUCCAAUUACUUCUCGAACCUUACAGAGCUUGUAGAACUUAUUCUUGAUGAUGUAAACAUAUCAGCACAAGGGAAUCAGUGGUGCCAGGCCUUAUCAUCUUCACUGCCAAAUUUGUGGGUGUUGAGUUUAUCAAAUUGUUAUCUUUUAGGCCCUAUUGAUUCCACCUUACUGAAGCUUCAGUCCUUCUCGAUUAUCCGUCUGGAUAAUGACAAUUUGUCUACUCCAGUUCCAGAGUUCUUCGCAAAUUUCACAAAUUUGAGGUUGCUGCGUCUCACUUCUUCUGGGUUGAGAGGCACAUUUCCAAGAAAGAUCUUCCAGGUACCAACACUAGAGAUUCUUGGCUUGUCUUAUAAUCGACUACUUCAUGGUUCCUUGCCAGAUUUUCCUCAUAAUGGAUCUCUUCGCACUCUGUUGCUUAGCAAAACAAACUUUUCAGGGUCAAUAUCAGAUUCUAUCGAUUACCUUACAAAGUUGUCUACAAUAGAUAUUUCACACUGCAAUUUCAGCGGAUCACUGCCACACUCAAUGGCAAAGCUUACACAAUUGCUUUAUUUGGACGUGUCACGGAACAAAUUCACCGGACCAAUUCCAUCAUUCAGCACGGCCAAGAAACUGACCCAAAUAAAACUUUCUCAUAAUAAUCUAAGUGGUCAGAUUACAUCCAUUCGUUGGGAAGAGCUUCGGUAUCUAGUAGGCCUUGACCUGAGUUUCAAUUCACUGAAUGGGAGUAUUCCAGUUACUCUCUUUUCUCUUCCAAAAUUGCAAAAUUUACAACUUUCCAACAACCAAUUUUGUGGUCAACUCAAUCAAUUUUCCAACAUUUUUUCUUACCAACUAGACACUCUUGAUUUGAGUAGCAACAACUUGGAAGGGCCAAUACCGAUGUUUGUCUUUGAACUCCGUCUUCAGUUCCUCCUCCUUUUUUCAAACAACUUCAAUGGCUCCUUGCAGCUUCUAAAUGUGAUUCAACAUUUGAGAAAUCUUUCAACUCUUGAUCUUUCGUUCAACAGGUUAUUGAUUGAAUAUAAUGGAACUGAUGGAAUUAAUUCAACUUUGUCCUCUUCCAUUCCCCAUAUUUACGAUAUAAGUUUGGCUUCUUGUAGGUUGAAAAAGUUUCCUGAUUUCUUGAGAUACCAAUCCGAAUUAGUCGUUCUAGACCUUUCAUACAACCAGAUUGACGGAAAUAUACCAAAUUGGCUCGGAGAACUUGGUGGUCUUGAUUACUUAAAUCUCUCUUUCAACUGGCUGGUGACUCUGGAUCGACCUUUCUCCAAUCUUUCUUAUUUGGCUGUCCUGGGCCUUAGUUCAAACAAGCUCCAAGGACAACUCCCAGAUCUACCACCGCGUGCCUGGUAUUUGGAUUUCUCGAUGAAUCAUUUCAGCUCUGUAAUACCAGCUAAUAUUGGUGACUCCUUUACUUCUGCUUAUUUCUUCUCUCUUUCUAGCAAUAACUUUUAUGAGAGUAUCCCUGAAUCAAUAUGCAAUGCUACAUUUCUUCAAGUUUUAGAUCUAUCUAAUAAUUCCUUAAGUGGAAAAAUACCCCAAUGCUUGAUUGAAAAGAGUGUGACUCUUGGGGUGCUGAAUCUAAAGGGAAACAAACUUAUUGGCUCAAUUCCCGAUUCCUUUCAAGACGAUUGUAAUUUACAAACUUUUUAUCUCAAUGGAAACCUAAUAGGAGGACCAUUACCGAAGUCUCUAGCCAAUUGA